UCCCUUGCGGGAACAAGUGGCAGUGCAAGUCCAGAGAAGUGGAAAGAUGAAGACCUAGGAUGGUUCCCAAACCCAAAGGGCGAAUAUACUGAAUUCUCCAAUAGUAUUCUGUCAAAAUUCUACUUGCCAUUUUGGACGACUUGUCCCUACAAGGAACGCUUUCGCCGCUGUUUUGUGACUGAAAGAAAACGCCAGUGGGACGUUUGCGAGGCUUUGAAAGCAAUAAAUCACAAGUUGGCUUUUGCGACUUCUGA